AUGGCUGUCGAUAAUUGGCACCAAUGGAUCUCUGUCCCAUUAUUCAAUGAUUUUGUGAGUAUUUUCCCCACAUUAUUCAUCAUGAUUAAUACGCCCAAUAUUUUUAAUAUUUUUAAUUACAAUUUCAUUUUUUUGAUUCAGUGGAUCGGAAUGUUUGCAUAUUCAAUCAUCUUCAUGCUGUUUGCUUACAUUAUCACCGAGAUCUUCAGCAUCGACGAUCAUUUCAAACACGAACGUCGCUUGGUUAUGAUAGUCACCAUGCCUGGGAUCGACCAGCGAGAGUUCGGCGAAGAGAAAACCAUCUUUGUGACCAAGUUCAAGGAAGAAGAAACCAAGGCUCAGACAACUCAGCAUAGGGAACUGCUGAUCCCGAAACCAACAUAG